UAGUUCAGCUCGUCUAAUUCUCUUCACGCUUCAACAUUGACCGGGACGAUAUGGAGGAUAUCAGUCCUUACCUAUUUCGUUAUAAAGGUCAUGUCUUUGGAACAGGAUUUUCUACGCCUGAAAACAUCUUUUCACUCCAAACAUUCGAGAUAAGGGACAGCGAUAUUUUUCUGGUCACCUAUCCCAAGUCAGGCACUAUAUGGACUCAGCAGAUCAUCACGCUGCUCUGUGAAGCGGAUCCGUCAAACGACGUUGUGUACGACAACAACUGGCACACAAUGCCGUGGCUGGAGAGUCCUCUGGACAUGCCCGACUACUCCUUGCGUCCCUCCCCCCGUUUAUUGACCUCUCACCUCACCCCCGCCCUGAUGCCCCCUGGACUGGAGGACAAGAGGCCAAAGGUUGUGUAUGUGAUGAGAAACCCAAAGGACAUUGUGGUCUCCUACUUUCACUUCUGCCACGCUACACCCAAACUGGAGACCCCCAAGAGCUUUGAGGACUUCUUGGAACAGUACCUGGAAGGAGCAGUUCUUGGCGCUUCCUGGUUUGAUCACAUCAGGCAAUGGUACUCAAAGAGAGAUCAGUACAACAUCCUGUUUUUGACAUAUGAGAACAUGAUCAAGGAUCUGAGGUCUGAGGUGCUGAAGAUCAGCAAGUUCCUCGGGAAGAACCUGGACAGUUCGGCCAUCGAGCACGUGGUGGAGAGGGCCACCUUCAGGAACAUGAAAAAGGACCCCAAAGCCAACUACGAGUUCCUGCCCCAAGAACUGCUGGAUCGAGAGCAGGGACAAUUCCUUCGCAAAGGUACGGUCGGGGACUGGAAGAACACCUUCACCGUGGCCCAGAGUGAGCGCUUUGACCAGGUCUUCCAAGAGAGGAUGAGGGGCCUCCCACUGCAGUUCACAUGGGACAUUCAUGAGCAUCCAUAGUGGUUGUUGAGGCCUGCCAGUUUGGCUCCGUGGGGGAAACUAAAUAAGAUUUUGAAUGUGCAGUGUUGCAGACUGACAAGCUAUCCCAGGAUUCUAUUGCAUCUAAAAGGCUGGAGGACUGAUGGACUCUAAUGGCUGCUGAUACCUGGGAAAUCACAUAUGAAGUAAUUAUUUAAUUAACACAAUACAUGGUAAAACUAUCUCACCACAUACAAAAAAAAGCUCAUCUUAGAAGUGUCUAGAAAGGUACAAUUAUUUGUCACUGGGGAGUUACCCUAUAGUUACAUUAGAUCAUAACCCUAACAAGCAAUAUAUGAUUACUUAUCUAGUACCUGUUUUGUUUGGAAAACAUACUAAUUUGUUCCCAAAGAAAAUAUGACUACUUUCAGGGUACAUUUGGGAAAUUUUAUCUUUGAAGAACAAGAAAUAUAUCGCUACUGAAACUGUAUUCCUGAGGGUGUAGCCUACAAAAAUAUACCCAAUAACAACGCAUAGUGCUGAUGUAUAUCCUCGGAGUUGGUGUAGCAUUGCCUACUGAUCUGUUUUUGAAAAAUAAUAAA